CACGAACGACGCAUGGCGAUGCCUAACCGUAGAAACAAAAGAAAAUAAUAAUAGUAAAGCAGAAAAAUGAUGGAAUCGUGUUUAGCAUACAAGCCUGAGAAAGUUGGCUCAAUAACGGUUGAAGACCUCAGGAAGGAUCUUUUCUCAGAGUUCUCCAAAUUGUCCGAAUCAAGGGACUCGGUAUUACCGGAGAAAGAACAUUUGCAGGUCUAUCUACGUGUACGUCCAUUCACUGCUUCAGAGAGAGCAGAAGGAGAAUCGCAGGAGUGCAUCUCAAUUGAGCCACCAGAUACAGUGAUUCUGAAGGCACCAAGAACAUCUGUGACAGCCAGACACAGCGAGAGACUCGGACCACAGCUGGCACAGCGAUUCCAGUUCUCACAGGUGUAUGGUCCAGAAACAUCUCAAAGAAAGAUAUUUGAUGGGACAACAAAAAGCCUUGUGAAAGGAGUCUUGGAGGGAGGGAAUUCCUUGAUCUUUACUUAUGGAGUUACCAAUGCUGGGAAGACAUUUACAUUUCUUGGCCCUGAGUCAGAUGGAGGAAUUCUGCCCCGGUCCCUAAAUGUGAUUUUUAACAGCAUAGAGGGCAGAAUAUAUUCUCAAAACAACAUAAAGCCACAUCGAUGUGUCGACUUUACAAGACUAACUAAAGAGCAGCAGGAUGAGGAGGCUACAAAUAAGAGAAACCUUCUUCGCAGAUUUAAAGAUAGUGACUCCCAGAAAACCCUGUCCAGUAUGUCCAGCACCAGUUACUCAUUACUUGAAAGCUCCACCUCUAGUGACAUUGAUGGUGACAGUAUCUGUUUGGAUGAGGCCUCUUAUGGUAAAUUCUCAGUGUGGGUCUCCUUUUGUGAAAUCUACAAUGAAAACAUCCAUGACCUGCUUGAUCUUAUUUCAAAUGGAUCUCACAGAAGAAGUGUUUUGCGGCUAGCCCAAGAUAUCAAAGGCAAUGCUUUUGUUAAAGAUCUGAAAUGGUUUCAAGUGAAUAGUGCAGAUGAGGCACUGAAAGUUAUGAAAAUUGGAAGGAAAAAUCAAAGUUUCUCCUCCACUAAGCUCAACAACAUCUCAAGCAGAAGUCAUAGUAUAUUUUCCAUUCGAAUCUUGCGGAUUGAAGACGUGGGUGUUCCUCGAGUUCAGACAAUAAGCGAGCUUUCAUUAUGUGAUUUGGCCGGAUCUGAGCGAUGUGCAAAGACUCAGAACAGAGGAGAACGCUUAAAAGAAGCUGGAAACAUCAACACUUCCUUGUUAACUCUUGGGAAAUGUGUCAACGCUCUGAGACUCAACCAAACGCAAUCAAAGUUUCAUCAGCAUAUCCCCUUCAGAGAGAGUAAGCUCACACAUUAUUUGCAGGGUUUCUUCUGUGGCCGUGGAAAAGCCUGCAUGAUCAUUAAUAUAAACCAGUGUGCUUCCAUGUACGAUGAAACCCUGAAUGUUCUAAAAUUCUCAGCGCUGGCUCAGAAGGUAGUGGUCCUCAAUCCAAAACCGGCACCAAGCAUUGUGCUCAAAAGAUCUGCCAGGGAUGUGUCCAUGAUCAUCAAUAAUGCAGACAAGAAAGACUGGACCAGGAGAAGCUCGGUGAUGGGCUGGGAGAUGAGCCUAGAGGACGUGCAGGAGGAUGAAGAUGAUGAUGAGGAGGAAAUAGAUGAGGAAGAGGUGGAGACUGAUGAUGAGAGCAUGGAGGAAAACACUGUACUAGAUGCUGCAGAAGAAGAACAAGAGCUGCAAGAGCUUCAGCUGAAAAUUGAAGAGCUCAAAGAGAAGUUGUCCAAAGAAGAAUCUGAAAAACUGACUCUAGAAUCUCGAAUUCGUGAAGAAGUCACUGCAGAGUUUAUGGAGCUGUUCUCGAACAUGGAAAAAGAUUACAAUGAACGUCUCCAAAGAGAGAAGGAAAUAGUGGAGGAAAGAGCAGAAAGGAGGCUGGAGAUACUGAAGAAUCUGGUCAACAGGACUGUCCGAGAAAUAUCUGCUGAAAGCGCUGAUGAGAACGCAGAAAAGGAGUCUAAGAUUGAGCUUUUGGACAGCAUGAUUGAGGCAAUGCGAGAUGAUCUGCUGAAGAUAAAGGGAGAUGCAGAGGCUGUACAGACAUGCCUGACAAAUGUCCCUGACUCACUCACAGUCAGUCAUCUGAGGACACAGCUAGAGGAGAUGACUGAGGAGCUUCACAAAAGCCAACAACUUCUCAGUCUUAAAACUAAGGAGAUCGAAGCAAUGUGUGUUCAGACACAGAAAUCAAAUGAACAGCUUCUGGAGGCAAAUAGGAAUUCUGAAAACCAAAAAGUGAGAUGUCAAGAACUCAUGUCAAUCUGUCAGGAGAAAGAUGACAUGAUCUCCAAGCUGCAAACUGCUUUGGACCAAAAUGUUGAGGCAGCUACUAAAGAUAGGGCCUUGAUUAACAGUAUCAAAGAGGAAAUCCUACAUUUCAGAAACAACUGUAAGUGUAUGCUGAUUGUUGAUGGUGUUCCUAGAGAGGAGGAAAUUAAAUCCCAAGAAAUUAAAAAGCUCCAGCAAGAGCUGAAAAUGAAAGAUGACCUGCUGAAUAAACUUAAAAUUGAACAGUGUUCACUUGAGAAAAAAGUGUGUGAACUCUCUGAUAGACUGGCAAAGCAGAUGCAAACACAUGAAACUGUUGUUUCCUCUCUGGUGAUGGAGAGAGCAGAGGUCACCAAAGUCACAAAUGAGAACAAGGCUCUUGCCAGUGAGCUGCAUCUACUUCAGCAAGCAGCCGAUAAGACGAGCUCAAAGCUCAAGUCUGUUCAGAUGGAAUUGAACAGUCAGACCAAAAUGGCCAAUGACCUUUCAGAAGAACUUGAUGCAGCCAAAACUCUGAUUAAGGAACUUCAAGAGGAGUCUUGCAGUCAGUCCAAAACUAUUGAAUCCUUACGCCAGGACAUCAGUGCCCACCAGCUCUCAUAUGACCAAUCAGAGGCUCACCAUCAUGAUUACCAGAUGAUGGUGGAGUUAUCUCAGGAGAAGAACAGACAGAUCAAUGACCUAGCACAGGAGGUCAGCCAGACUAGAGAGAAAAUGUGCCAGCUGGAAGAAUUCUGCAGUGAGCUUAGACGUGAACGAGAUGCCCAGGUGAAUGAGUACCAGAACCUACUGAUCUGUUAUGAAGCUGAGAAGCUCGCCAUGGCCCAAAUAAGAAGUGACUCUGAGCUGUUGGAAGAGCUGACUGCACUGAAACAACAGCAAGGGAGGCUGGAAGAACAGGAGCAGGACUCCAGAGAGGAUUGCUGGAAAACUCUGCUUGACAAACUCAUGCAAACUCUGAGACAACUGAACCAGCAUGAGGAGGUUCUGAAUGUAGUAAAAUCGAUUGUAGAGAAUGAGAUCUCUAAGGCAAGAGGUAAAGCUGAGGGGAGAAUAAGUGAGAUGGAGAAGGAUCUCACUCGUAAAGAUGCAGAUCUUGAGAAUAAAUCUCAAGAACUUUUGAAGUCAACCGAACUUGUUAAUGAUGGACUCAAUAAAAUCAAUACAUUGAGUUGUGAUUUGCAACAAGUGGAGAGAGAACGAUCAAGUGUCAGAGAUCAAUUAUGUGAGGCUAAAGUGCAGAAUGAACAGCUACAGAAACAGAUUUUGAGCUUGAGUGAAGAAAGCAAGUUGUUUCAGCAGAGACUAUGUAAAGCAGAGGAGAUGGCUCUUCACCAUUUGAGCUGUAAAGAGCAAACUAUUGAUCCACAGCAGACUGCACAAUCCAACCAUGUGAAAGAAAAAGAGAAUAUACAGCUUUGCCAAAAAACCCAUGAAGAUAUUGUGCCAGAGCAGAAACUGACUGAGCAGAUAUGUGCAGACUUAAAUAAAGAGUGUUCACAGAGAGAUCAAGAGGACUUGCUGGAGGCCAAACUGAGUGAGAUCGAAUCUAUAACUGAAGAUCUUGUAAAACUGCAGGAGAUGUGUCAGAAAGGAAGUGUUUGUGUCCAUGAUGAACCCCUUCAGGAGGAGCAGAAAGCAUGCAGACCUGUGGAAAGCACAAAGCUGCCAAAUGAGGUGCAGGCAGAUGAUAAGCAAGAAAUGAGGCAGGGUAAGGGGCUAGAUGGAGCCAUGGGUGAAGAGGAGAAAGUGGCCCAGACAACAGGGCGACUAGAGGGAGACCAGCAAGGCAGGCUGCAUCUGGAGCUGGGAAUCUUAAAGCAACAGCUGGCUGAGAAGCAAGAAUCCAUUCUAAAAUUACAAAGGGAAAAAGAUGAUUUGGCUGCUAUUCUUAAAUCUGAAAGCCAGAAAAACGACAGUCCUAAACAGACUACAAAUGUGAAGACAGAGAAUGAAGGCGACUCUUUUUGUCCAACACAAGAGGUGGCAGUACAAGACUCAUCUGUCCUCUCCACGAAGAGUCUAACAGAAGUGCGUUUCCCCAAACCUGAGCUGGAAAUCAGUUUCACACCACUUAAACCUGACCGAGUGAAUGUCAGAAGACCAGGAGAGGAAGAGUCUGUCACAAUCAAACUCAGACGUACAGCUAGAAAGAGAAAAGGCCCAGGGAUAGAGAACUCUGUGGAGUCAGAAAAUCGAAAAAACAGACGGCUCAAGGUGAACAACGGGGAGAACAUGCAGUUUGAUGAGACUCCCACAGUGAAAGGCAAAAAGACGAGUGAAUUAAAACAGCAAGACUCUCCAGCCAGCCUGAAAGGUAAAAAAGAUGGAGCCCUGCAAAAGAUUGGGGACUUUAUCCAGAGCUCUCCAACCCUCUUUGGGAGCAAAGCCAAGAAGAUCAUGAGCAUGGUGAAUGUUAAAUCCCCCCAACCACAAAAUCCUUGUGAGAACAACAAACCCAAGAGAUCCAAACGAAAGCUCUUCAAAACCCAGAUUUCCUCCCCUCUAGACAUCCCCUCUCAUCCUAUCAUUGGAGGCAGUGAAGAUGAUAAAGAGAGUGAUCAUCUGAUUAUCAAGAGAAAACUCAGAACAAGAACUGUUAAGAGAUGAUGCAACCCUUUAUUUUGAUGGUCAAGAGUAAUUUUUUUUUUUUUUUUAUUAUUAUUAUUUUUAUUCUUUGGAAUUAUUUUUGUUGAAUUUUAUUUUUGUUUGUAAUAACAGUGCAACAUGUUUGUAAAUCAUUUAAAUGUUAUUUACAGCAGGUUUUGUAAUUUUUGUUUUGACUUAAAUUCAGAUUUUGAUUUCCUGUGAUUACUGAACAAAAUAUGACAAA